AUGAAAAAAUCACACGUUCUUACAGUGAUAUUGAUUAUGGUUUUGGUCGAGUCAGGCCUGGUCGAAGAGGCUAUGGCACACCCAUGUGGUCGAACAUUUUUGUCGGCUUUGAUUCAACUCGUGCCGUGUAGACCAUCAGUGGCGCCGUUUAGCACAUUAUCGCCGAACGGGCUAUGUUGCGCUGCUAUCAAGAGGCUUGGUCAACCUUGUCUAUGUGCUCUUUCCAAGGGACCACCUAUCUCUGGCGUUGACCGCACUCUCUCUCUCCAGUUACCUGGAAAAUGUUCUGCCAAUUUUCCUCCGUGUAACUAA